AUGCAAACGCGCUCUAUCGCUCUGUAGAACCGCCAAUUUUUUUCCCGUUUAAAAAAUGUUCAGUUUCAAGACUGAAAUUUUCCAUUAAACUCUGAGAAACUCUGAGAAAGUUUUCAAAAUUUCCCUCUCAAAUCGCUCAAAUUGCGAUCCAGAUUUUGGAGACUAUUGUGAGUUCUCCUCUGCAUUUAUAGCUCAAUUUCGCUCAAAUUUGUGUAAUUUCAGCUGACGGCGAAAAUCCGAUUCCUCGACACUUGCGGGACACUAAAAAGAGCAAGAAAAUAGACGAGAAUAUGAGUACGAAGCGAAAAAUUGCGAUUUCUUCGGGUGAGCACGGCUAAAAUUGCAUUUCCGAUUGCGAAACGCGGACUUGCAGAUUCCGAAGAUGAUAUGCCGGUGAGGAGGACGAAGAAAGAGGAGCAGAAAAAGGAGAAGACGGCGAGUCCGGCGAAAAAAAGAGUACGUUUGGAUGUGCCUCAUUCCUCAGAAAUUCACCGUUUUCCAGACGAAACCAGUGGUCGUCAGUGACGAAUCAGACGGAGAAAAGGCUCCUAAGCAGAAGAAACUUGUGAAGAAACCAAAAAGAGCAGAAGAGAGCGAGGUAAUCGUUUAAAUUAGCGAAUGCCAAUUAUAUUUCACAUUGGCAGGCAUCCUCCACCGAAGACGAGCUGGUACGUGGCAAUACGGAGAAAAAGAAGAAGAAAUCGGGAAAGAAAGAACUUCCGACCGGUCAGAAAACGUUGAAUUUCAUGAAGAAAGCCGCUACCGUGAAAGCUGACGAGCCUAAGAAAAGGACCGAAGAGAAACAUCGCACUCCAGUCAAUCCUGCUGAUUUCUUCAAAACCACACCGGGUCCCGCCGCGAAAAUCGCUCCGAAACCUGCGUCGCCAAAGAAGAAGAGCCAUCGGCAAAGGAGAACACUAAAAAAGUUACCGAGACUAAAAAGAAAGUGUCGGACGACGAAUUUGUGGAUUCUGAUGACAGUUUCGACGCCUUUACUCCAAUUACGGUUAAAAAAUCACCGAAAAAAGCGGAAAAUGUUGUGGAGCCGGUAAAACACGUAUCGAAAAGGGCAGAAAAGUCUCCAAGAAAAGAGGAGAAGCUCGACACUGUGAACAAAAAGUCGGUUCCGAAAGUGAGCAGUCAAGUAUCCACGUCAUCUGUAGAUUUGCAAGAGAAGAAGCCCGAGCCGACGCUCUCCUGGGUCGACAAGUACAAGCCGAAGCGGCUUGUCGAGCUCGUCGGCCAGGUUUCCAAUGACAGUCCGAUGAACAAGCUGAUGGGAUGGCUCAAGGAUUGGGCCAGACACAAUUUGGGCGAGGGCGCCAAGAUCAAGAAGCGUGAGUGCUGCUUUCAUGUUGUUGUCCUCUCAAAUUGCUGAAAUUUCCAGCGAAGCCGGCGCAUUUCAUUGUGUCGUCAGACGGAACUCCAUUCAAAGCGGCUCUUCUGUCCGGAUCUCCCGGCGUUGGAAAGACAACGUGCGCCUACAUGGCCUGCCAACAACUGGGACUCGAACUGGUCGAAAUGAACGCGUCGGACGUGCGAAACAAGAAAUGUUUGGAAGCGAAGGUGGGACAAUUGUCCGGCUCCCACCAGAUUGAGCAGUUUUUUGGAGCCAAGCAGCACUGCACUCCACAGGAUAAUCAGAAAGUCCAUCACGUUCUCAUUAUGGACGAAGUGGACGGAAUGUCCGGAAAUGAGGACAGAGCCGGAGUGAGUGAAGAGAUUUGAAACACCUUCUUGAGAAUCCGUUUUCGCAGAUCUCGGAACUGAUCCAGAUCAUCAAGGACUCGAAGAUUCCUAUCAUUUGUAUCUGCAACGAUCGGCAACAUCCGAAGAUCCGUUCGCUCGCCAAUCACUGUUUCGAUUUGCGGUUCCAGAAGCCACGCGUCGAGUCGAUUCGAUCGCGAAUGAUGACUAUUUGUUCGCAAGAACGGCUGAAGAUCACGAAGGAGGAGCUGGACGAGCUCAUCGAGCUGUCGGGGCACGAUGUCCGACAAACCAUAUACAAUCUGCAGAUGAGAUCCAAAAAUUCGAACUCGAAAGUGAACAAAAAAAAUGAGGCAAUGGUAAGGAUCAUUUGGAGUGGGGCGCUGGCGCAGAUGUUCUCUGGCACUGGCCAAGUGUCCGCCGCGUCAUCACUUUACACCUGUCAUCAGUCAGAGCCCUCCGGCACCAAAAACAUGUGGUCCGUUUAGUGCUCGAAUCGAAAGUCUUGAAGUCAGAAAGGGAAUGGGCCUUCUAGAAUCUGUUGAUCUAUAAAACCUCUUUGCAGGAUCCAUUCCAAGCCGCCCGACAUCUUCUGGACCCGACGACUUCUCUGAUGCAGAAACAGGAAAUGUUCUUCGUCGACUACGGAAUCAUGCCGCUUUUCGUGCAGGAAAACUACAUCAACAUGCGAAACGACCGCGAAUCUCCUCGCCAAACGCUUCAUAAUCUGCGGAAGGCGUCCGAUUUCAUCUCCCUCGGCGACCUGGUCGACAAGCAGAUUCGUGCCGGCGGAUCUUGGAAACUGCUCAACGAGCAGAGCAUGCUCUCGGCCGCCCUACCCGCGAAAACUAUGAACGGACCACUGCACGGGCGCCUCGGAUUCCCCUCGUGGCUGGGCAAGAACUCGACGGCCGGCAAGAGGAAGAGACUGCUGCAACAGCUCGUACAGCACACUCAUCUCAGGCGAGCACUUCCGGAUAUUAUAAGUUUUUCUAUAGUGAUUUUGCAGAGUGUCAGCCAGUGGCCAUUCGUUCGCGACCGACUACGCUCCGAUGAUCCGUCGCAAACUCACGAAACCGCUGCUGGAACUGGAAUCGGAAGGAAUUCCGGCUGUGAUCGAGACGAUGACCAGUUACGAUCUGAUCAAGGACGACGGGGACGCGCUGUCCGAACUGGUCACGUGGCCCGGAGGCAUCGAUCCGGCGAGCAAGAUUCUCGGAAAAGUGAAAGGCGCGCUGACUCGAAACCUGAACAAAAUGGACAGAAUGCUACCGUACUCGAUGGAUGAGGUGGCGAAAGGGAAGCGGAAGGGCGUGAAUGCGAUCGGAGUCGAGAUGGACGCCGACGGAAAUCUCGUGGAGAAGUUCGAGGACGAAGACGGCGAAUCGGACGAGGACGACGGAGCGACGUCUUCUGAAGUGGUCGUCAAAACGAAGACGUCUUCUGAUUUUGUACUAAAAACGUCUUCUGGUGCAAAAGGACGUGGCGGAAAAACUGGAAGAGGAGGAGGUCGUGGAGGAAGAGGCGCCAAGAAAUAA